UUCCUUGAUAGAAUCCCACUAUAAAUUCGGUCAUAAGUUGACCGCGAGUGACAGCGUUGUUGCAGUGUGGUAUAUCACGGUUUAUGUGGACUGUGGUGUUUUGUUGUAUCAUAGUAAUUUAUUCUCCACUUUAAUGAGGUAUAUUGGGCUUUUACCUCAUCAUAUAUUGACCAAGAAGUCACUGACGUUGUCAUGUUGGGAGAUUAACACUACCGGUACGACGAUACGACAGCUUCGCUCCUACACUCAAGCAAGGAGCUUGUUGAAUCGGGUAUCCUUAGCUAACCGCCCUCUAGAAUCACCCUCUGUCUUCAAAAUGGACCCAAUGGCUCCACCUGAUGGGAACAGGGCGCUGCCGCCAAUGAAGCACUUCUACCGCAAAGUCCUCCCGCAGUCCUGCAUCUCUUUCUCCUCCGAGGAUGGCAAGAAGUUCUUCAAGGCGGCCAUUUUGGAAGGGAAUAUGGAAUGUUACUUCAAGCUUGCUGCACAGUUUCGGACUCAGGAUGAGCCUGCGUUUUGUGGACUGUCCACUAUGGUGAUGGUCCUGAAUGCCCUUGACAUUGACCCCGGUCGCAUUUGGAAAGGGGUAUGGCGAUGGUAUCAUGAGAACAUGCUCGACUGCUGUGUGCCCUUAGAAGUCGUGCAACAGCAAGGCAUCAAUUUUGACCAAUUUGUCUGUGGGGCCAGAUGUAAUUCUCUCGACGUUGAACCAACGAGGAUGGAAGAGGGUGUGAUGUCUGUUGAGGAGUUCCGAGAACUGAUCAGAAACUACACGAAGAGGGAUGAUGCAUUCGUUGUACUGUCAUAUUCUCGCCGUACCCUUGACCAGUCUGGGGAAGGCCACUUCUCUCCAGUUGGAGGCUAUCACCCUGGGAAGGACCUGGUGUUGAUCCUGGACACCGCCCGGUUCAAGUACCCACCACACUGGGUGCCCCUGGACCUCAUCUAUAAAGCAAUGAAAGAGAUCGAUCAGGACACAGGGAAGCCCCGAGGCUUGAUGGUGAUGUCACGCAAGAAAGAAAGCCAUCCCCUUUUGUUGUUCCGCCUGUCAAGCAACAUGAGUGUAACCGCGCGGGUUCUGUUCAAUCCAGCAGUCCCAGAGUUUAUGAUGAAAUUGAAGACUCAAACAGACAGAACACUAGAGGAAACAUUGUCCGUAGACGCCCUUGCCGACAGAGCUGCUCGGGACAUGAUUCAAGUUUUGGCUGAAAUUAGCGGCCAUGUGACAAUAAUGACCACCCAGCUGGACAUCACCUGCCCACAAGAUGUGGCUGAAAAACAUGAAUGUUUCAUACAACAUUUGAUCAAAGCUCUCCAAGAAACUGUCAUAUUUGAAAAAGUGACGAAUAUUUGCAAAUCUCUUCCAGAAGACAAAAUGGAAGUAAUGGAGAACUUGUUUGAACCGGCAUGGCCUAGUUGUAAUGGGAAAUGCCAGCCUUUUAACAAGCUAAAAUGUGAACACUUUAUCACUUUCUUCAUCCUCACUUGGCCGUACAGGACAGGGGUUUCAGGGGAGACAACUCUAGCAGCCCUCUAUGACCAAAUGGUUGAAGAUGAGCUGCAGAGGAUUUCUGUGGAUGUUUUAAGUAUGGAGGUGAAGUCAUUGAAGGAUCAGUUGCAUGUUCUUAUGGAAUUUUAUCAAAACAAUCCCAAAGGUCCUGAGCCUUGUUGCAAGAAAAUAAAACUUUGAAAGCCUU